ACGGAAGGAAUGUAUUCACCAUAUCAAUGCUCUAUUCGGAAAGAGUUUUCACGACAUAGGUGUCCGGUCGAGUUGGUUCCAGCGACUUACGAGCGAUGUUCUUUCGAGACGUGAUUCUCGGCCCGAGGACAGGGAGCGCGCUUCACGAUACUGGAAGGAGCACCUCCACUCUUGGCACCGGGCAAGAGGAGCUAGCGGCUGCCCGCGCCGCAAUGCCGUCAACCUCUUCGACGUUCAUCUUCCAUGUUGAUCUGGUUUGAUCCCUCCGGACGACGUUUUCGAGGUGUCGUCACUGUCCAGUUGUACGUCGAUUGGAAUCGUCGGUGUCCUGCGGCAAUCGCGCGUUCGAGACUGAGCGCUUAUGCCGGCGAUCAGCGCGUGUCAUGUCAUGGCAACCGGUUUGACAUACACCGCGUGAGUCUACGUGCAGGCAGUUGCGAUCUGUCAAUUGUCUUCAGCAUAUUGUCACCUGUAUGGGGUUCGAGUGCUAUAGAUCACUUUACCGGGAUCAUGAUGAUAAGGGUCAGAAGCGCGGUAGCAAAAAUUGUCCUAUGGCAACACGUGAAGAGCUGCUCAAGCUUUACCCGUCGUGUCACAACCUUCGCACCGAAAGGGCGAGCUCCAGGCUUGUUUGCUACGGAGGAUAUUUCGGUCGGCGCUCUCGUUGCAUGCGAGAAGACUCAUCCUUAUGUUCAUUCAUUCAGAAGCAAGUUCGACAUCAGUCCCAAUGCUGUCCUCGUCUCUCGUAUCAUCCAGAUGCUAUUCGACAGCGCACCUCGACUCUCCAACACUGAUGCUCCUCCAAAAACAUCAGAUCUUACUUGGAUCGACGGCGCACCAAUCGUGGAUGUGUUUACACUCCAAGGCAAAAUGGAUUAUAACGCCAUUGUUCUGACACCCCACCGUCCCCACGAGCCGUAUGGUGACACUCCUGACAUCGAGUCUGGUCCGGACAAGACGUCCAUUACGCUCUUGGGACAUUGUCAAAACAUAAGGCAUUCGUGUCUGGAAAACACGCAGCGCAGUUCCAUAGGUGACUUAUUGAGUCUCAAAGCUACAAAAGACAUCAUGAAAGGCACCGAGAUACUCACGUCAUUCCAGCCGGGCGAAUGAGACUUGGACAGAAGAAGCCAGACCAUCUACAAGGACGAUAUGGUUCGAUUCGGCGGUCUGCUGCUUGAAAGUAGAAUCUACCAAUCAUACCAUGUCCUCAAGGAUCAUGAAGCGCUCUCACGACAUGCUUCUUCGCUGCUCAAACGUUGCGGAUACAGAAUCGAAAAGACAGGCUCCUCGGAUGAACAACGUCUUAUCCCAGGAGUCAACUCUUCAUUGACUCCAGUGGUAGUGAUCGCGCUUUCAUGUUUGAGCCGUCUAGAUGAACCUGGAUCCGGCGCAGGUCGGUACGAAAAGCUUGCCAGGGUAGCUUCCAUAAUCAUCAACGCCGAGCAUGGUGGCUUUGAUAAAUUGUCAGAUUCCGUCCCAGCCUUUGGUGGUGU